ACUUCCUGGAGCUUUGAUUUUUUAAAAGAAACUGUCACUGUCUAGCCGGUGACUGCUGAAUGUAUAUGAUUGCCCUCUGGAAAAAUAUGAUAUGCUUGGCAAUUUGAAGUAUUCUUAGAAUAAUUCUUUAAAUUAUUCCCAACUAAACUGCGUCCAAAAUAGUUCUUUGAGAAGCUAAUCCUUACUUGGCCCCCUUCAUUUCCAACCGUUUGAAAUUCACUCUGCUCCUUUCUCCUGAUCUUCUGGAAGUUUCUUUCUGAAUCUAGAGAAACUCUCCUCACCAGAGAGGAAUAAUGUAAGCAGGCUCAAUUAAAUGCCCGCUAUGUAUAAUGAAGCAUAUUGUUAGGUGCAGCAUGGGACAUAGAAGUUCAAAGACUAUAGCUCUUGAGGAUAUUUUUAUUUAGUUGGAAAGACAAGACAGAAACAAAGUAAAGUAAAUUUAUUCCUUAUAUUUAGGUAGCCCUUGCUCAUCUACCUCUUCUGAAACUUUGCAAUAAUUCUGUGAUGUUGGUAGGAAGGGAAUGUGAUGUUAGAUAAGAAGUCAGAUGGCCGGCACAUCCAUCCGACAGCCACACCGCUGAUACUAAGGGAUUUGUUAAUGUCAUAUGGCUCCUAAAGAGCUAGGAUAUGCAUCCAUAUCUUCCAGCUCCAAGUACAAAUUUUUUUCUUUUUAAAAAAUAUUGUGUCACAUUAUACCCUCUAAUGCCAAAUUAAUUUAAAGAAAAAUCCAUAUAAGAUUGCAGAAGUAAUUUUGGUGGUUGUGGUAGUUAAGAGGCAAUAAAUCAUUUGAAAGAGUUUGGGGAGUCUUCAGUGAAGAAGGAUAAUGUAGCAGUACCUUGAAAGAUGAGCAGGACUUAUCUGGGCAGACAAAGAGGAUGAGCAAUCCAAGAGAGGGGAUGAGACAGAAGAAAACACAGUAUGUUCAAAGAAUAAUGAUUAGACCAGUAUCCUCAGGAGAUGUGAAAUCUAGAUUGUUUCAGUACAGUCGAAUGCGUCAUCUAAAUUUCCCAGGUGCGGGAAUCAGUGUUUAGGGUAGCGGGACCACACAAUUGGAUCCUUUUUGACUUCAUGCUCUUGCACAGAAUCCACUGUGUAGAAUUAGGGAGACAUGACUUCAGAUACCUGAGUGGUGGAAUUAAAGUUGGGAGUUUCUAGUCUGCGUUGUGUUUCAUGGACUACCCCGUGUACUUUCUACAGGCGGUGUGUUGCUUGUUUUGGAUAGUUGGGAGCAGUAUCUCUCACCUUAAGGAACUGUGGGUAGAUGGUUUGCAGGACCACAUACACACACAAAAUGGCCGACUAAAGAAAGCGGUGGAGAUCGAGAUCAGUAAGUUUGAUCUGGGAACAAAACCCUGGAGACUGUAUAGGUAGGUGACUGUUGGGGGUGGACAGGCGCGGAAGACUUGCAUUGGUUUAGACCUAGAAGGAAGUGGCAUUUGAUUGGUUAUUAUAAGUGAAAAGGGCCCCUCCCUGGGUGAGAUCUGCCAGCCCCAUAAUUAGGACCUGAAAAUCUCUGCCAGGCCCGCCUUUGUGACGUGGCCCAGUCCACCUCAGCUACGGAACAGGCCUUGACUGGUGAGGCCCAAAGCCGGUGGCCCCGCAGAAGCGGGAGUGGGGCCAUGGCUGAGGCGCCUGGGCCCAGUGGCGAAUCCCGAGGCCACUCAGCCACUCAGCUGCCAACUGAAAAAACUGUCAGGGGACCAUCGAGGGGCUGCUCGCGCUCCGUGCUCAGAGUAUCCCAGUUGGUGCUCCAGGCCAUCUCCGCUCACAAAGGGCUGACUCUGGCAACUCUCAGGAAGGAGCUCGGAAACGCCGGCUACGAAGUGAGCAGGAAGAGCAGCCGCCACGAAGCGCCCAGGGGGCAGGCCAAGGCCACGCUCCUCCGGGUCAGCGGCAGCGACGCCGCCGGCUACUUCAGGGUCUGGAAAGCUCCCAAGCGCAGGAGAAAGCCGGGACGCGCGAGGCAAGAGGAGGGCGCGAGCGCUCCCCGGAGGACCCCAGCCGCGCCCCAGAGCUCACGGAGGCGCCGCCAGCCCCUUCGCAAGGCGGCCAGGAAGGCCAGAGAAGUGUGGAGACGGAACGCGGGGGCGAAAGCCAAGGCCAGUGCUAGGGCGAGGAGGACCGGGAGGGCGAGGCCGAGAGCCAAGGAGCUGCCAUGUGCCAGAGUCAAGGAGGAAGCGGGAGCGACAGCGGCAGACGAGGGUCGAGGACAGGCCGAGAAGGAAGACACCAGGCCGAGGUCAGGGAAGGACAAGAGGCGAAGCUCCAAGCCCAGGGAAGAGAAGCAGGAGCCCAAGAAGCCCGCACAGCGGACCAUCCAGAAGCCAACGCCGGCUAAAACUGACCAGACAUCUAGCGGGCAGGGAAGACUCCACUAAAGACUUCCACAAAGACCUCCCCUAAAUCUGAAGGUCUUCCUGAGCCAGUUGGGAAUGCAUCUUGUGGGAGCAGCUUCACUCCCACCAUGGACCAAUGCCUUUCCCCCAUAGGCCCCAAGAAGAGCGGCUGUCACACUCAUUGAAAUGAAAUGGACCUCUAGACCA